AUGGAGUCUUCCAGCUCCAGCAGCGAGAGUGAGAGUGAGGAGGAGAAGCCUGCCAAAAAGGAGGUGAAGAAGGCUGCCAAGUCCUCCUCUGAAUCUUCUUCUGAAUCUUCCUCUGAAUCGGAGUCCGACUCUGACAGCGACGAAGAGAUGGAGGACGCUUCCAGCAGCGAGAGCGAGGAGGAGAAGCCCGCCAAGAAGCAGAAGCAGGAGUCCAAGAAGGAGUCCAAGAAGGCCAAGGAGUCUUCCUCCGAGUCUUCUGACUCUUCUGAGUCUGAGUCUGAAUCCGAGUCUGAGGAUGAGAAGCCUGCUAAGAAGGAGGUGAAGAAGGCUGCUGAGUCCUCCGACUCCUCCGAGUCGGACUCUUCUGAUGAGGAAGAGGCUCCUAAGAAGGCUGCUAAGGAGGCCAGUGACAGCGACUCAUCCGAGUCCGAGUCAGACUCUGAUAGCGAGGAGUCUCCCAAGAAGUCUGAGUCUGAGGACAGCGAAGAGUCUGCCAAGGACUCCAAGAAGCGUAAGGCUGAGGAGGAUGUCUCUGCCACUCCCAAGAAGACCAAGACUGAGGAGCCUGCUGCCGGUGCAUCGGCCAACCUCUUCGUUGGAAACCUCUCCUGGAACGUGGAUGAGGCCUGGCUUCAGAGUGAGUUCGAGGAAUUUGGUGAGCUCUCUGGUGUUCGUAUCAUGACCGAGCGCGACACUGGCCGCUCUCGCGGAUUCGGCUAUGUCGAAUACACUAAUGCUGUCGAUGCCGCUAAGGCUUUCGAGGCUAAGAGGGACACCGAAAUCGACGGUCGCAAGAUCAACCUUGAUUACGCUACCGGACGUCCCGCCAACAGGGAACAGGGUGGCUUCCAAGACCGGGCUCAGGCUCGUGCCCGUUCCUUCGGUGAUCAGGCCAGCCCCGAGAGCGACACUCUCUUCGUCGGCAACAUCCCCUUCAGUGCUAACGAGGACUCUCUGCACGAGGUGUUUGGUCAGAAGGGAAGCAUCCUGGGCAUCCGCCUGCCGACCGACCCCGAGUCGGGCCGUCCCAAGGGCUUUGGAUACGUCCAGUUUUCGUCGGUUGAGGAAGCUCGCGAAGCCUUCAACGAGCUGAACGGUGCCGAGAUCGAUGGCCGCCCGGUCCGCCUGGACUUCAGCACUCCCCGUGCCAACAACGGCGGCGGCGGCGGCGGCCGUGGUCGUGGCGGUUUCGGUGGUGGACGUGGUGGUCCUCGUGGUGGAGGUGGCCGUGGCCGUGGCGGCUUUGGCGGACGUGGUGGUGGUCCCCCCAACAAGGCCCGUGGCGGUAUCCCUGAGUACAAGGGUACUAAGGUCACCUUCUAA